CUCAGCAAUUUCCUGUCAUUUCUUGCCAGUUCGCCUCUUUUCUCCCCUCGCGCAUUCUCCUCGAGCGAUUGUCUGUCCUCUUCUCCUCUUUUCUCUUCAUCUACCCCUCCACACACACACACACACACACAAACCGCCACAAUGUCUACUCCCAACGGCGUUUCCAAGUCAGGAACUUUCCUGUUCACCUCCGAGUCCGUCGGUGAGGGUCACCCCGACAAGAUCGCCGAUCAGGUCUCAGAUGCCAUCCUCGAUGCCUGUCUCGCUGAGGACCCUCUCUCCAAGGUUGCUUGCGAGACUGCCACCAAGACUGGUAUGAUCAUGGUCUUCGGUGAAAUCACCACCCAGGCCAAGCUUGACUACCAGAAGAUUGUCCGCAACACCAUCAAGGACAUCGGCUAUGACGACUCCGAGAAGGGCUUCGACUACAAGACCCUCAACCUGCUCGUUGCCAUUGAGCAGCAGUCCCCCGAUAUUGCUCAGGGUCUUCACCUUGACCAGGCUCUUGAGAGCCUCGGUGCUGGUGACCAGGGUAUCAUGUUCGGUUAUGCCACCGACGAGACCCCCGAGCUCUUCCCCCUGACCCUCCAGCUUGCCCACAAGCUCAACGCUGCCAUGUCUGCUGCUCGUCGUGACGGCUCCCUCCCCUGGCUCCGUCCCGACACCAAGACCCAGGUCACCGUUGAGUACAAGCACGACAACGGUGCCGUUGUCCCUGUCCGCGUCGACACCGUCGUCGUCUCUGCCCAGCACUCUGCCGACAUCACCACUGAGCAGCUCCGCAAGGAGAUCCUGGAGAAGAUCAUCAAGACCACCAUCCCCGCCAAGUACCUUGAUGAGAAGACCAUCUACCACAUCCAGCCCUCUGGCCUCUUCAUCAUUGGUGGCCCCCAGGGUGAUGCCGGUCUUACCGGCCGUAAGAUCAUCGUCGACACCUACGGUGGCUGGGGUGCUCACGGUGGUGGUGCCUUCUCCGGCAAGGACUUCUCCAAGGUCGACCGAUCUGCCGCUUACGUCGGCCGAUGGAUCGCCAAGUCUCUGGUCGCUGCCGGCCUUGCCCGCCGUGCUCUCGUCCAGCUCUCCUACGCCAUUGGUGUUGCUGAGCCUCUCUCCAUCUACGUCGACACCUACGGCACCUCUGACAAGACCUCUGAUGAGCUUGUCAAGAUCAUCCGCGACAACUUUGACCUGCGUCCCGGUGUCAUUGUCCGCGAGCUGAACCUGACUCGUCCCAUCUACCUCCAGACUGCCAAGAACGGCCACUUCGGCACCAACCAGUCCUUCACCUGGGAGCAGCCCAAGCCCCUUAAGUUCUAAGCAGUAGCUGCUACUGCACGCAGAGUAUUCAACAAGCUCUCUGCAACGUGAUUUACAAAAUGAUGUGUUUUUUACAUGUCGAUUUUUCAUCAGGCACAUUUAGGCGGCGUACGGUUCUCAACGAAACCUGAAGGCUUUUCCCAUUGGGAUUUACGGGAAAGCGAAGGUGGUUUCUGGCGUAAUUUUCUUUUUCUUUGUUAUCAAAAAUUCACAUAUACCAGGGUUACUUUGGGGAAUCAUCGGGGGGCGUCUUUCAACAAAGACAAAAGUCUGGGAUUAAUUGCAUAGACAGCAACAGGGUCACGUCUGCAAAACGGAUACACACACUUAUGAGCUACGCUAAUGAUGGGUAUAAACAAGAACUGGCGUUUUCGGGAAUUAAGAAGAAGUUCAACAUCUUUUUUUCCCGAGUUCUCUUGACCGAGCUGCUGAACAUGCAAGUCAGUUGUCGGGGUUGGAAAACAGGAGAAGCUGGUUUAUCGGGAACAAUUUCAUGGCUCGGAGAGUUUAUUUUAGACAUGAGACUUGAUAAUAGAGCAGCCCGAUUUCAAGGCACACC